AUAAGGCUGCGUCAUUUCGAACCCAAUUGGGUCCAGAUGUUAUGGGCACCGACGGGUUCCCGUCUCGGAAACUCUCAAUCACGCAAGCGAAAGGCGAGGAGGCGGCUAAUUAAAUAUUGAGCAGAAAGUCGCGUGGGGAGAGUGUCACGUGGGCCUCGAAGCUCGUCACGCCUGGGAUAAAUACCGGGAAGCACGGAGCAGGCUAAGAAGGUGCUCGGACCUCCUGCUGCACCGCUGCGGUCCCGGCCGGCGCGGAGCCCGAAGAGCGCGCACUGCAGCCGUAGACCAGACCUGCGCGCCGCAAAACCCAACAUGAAAAUCCUCGUCGCUUUGGCGGUCUUUUUUCUGGUCUCCACACAACUGUUUGCAGAAGAAAUUGGUGCCAACAAUGAUCUAAAUUACUGGUCCGACUGGUCCGACAGUGACCAGAUCAAGGAAGAGCUGCCGGAGCCCUUUGAGCAUCUUCUGCAGAGAAUUGCCCGGAGACCCAAGCCUCAGCAAUUCUUUGGACUAAUGGGCAAACGGGAAGCUGGUGAGACUAGCAAACAUUCCUCAAUUGAAAAGCACGUGGCCCUGUUAAAGGCUCUUUAUGGACAUGGCCAGAUCUCUCACAAAAGGCAUAAAACAGAUUCCUUUGUUGGACUAAUGGGCAAAAGAGCUUUAAAUUCUGUGGCUUAUGAAAGGAAUGCAAUGCAAGACUAUGAGAGAAGACGUUGAUAAACUACCUAUUGUUAUUUAUUCAGCUUCAUUUGUGUCAAUGGGCAAUUAAAGGUAAAAUAAAACAUGCACUAUGAGGAAUACUUAUUUAUUUAGAAAUGAUCAUUAUUAUUAUGAGUUGAAAACUCAGAAAAAGUGUUUAUUUUUCAUAUUGUGCCAAUACGUGCUGUGAACAUGUGUUAUAAUUCUAAUAUGACUUCCUCUGAAGUAGAAAUAAAUGGUAAUUUCCCAAGAAACAUGGUCUCCGAAGGAAGAAAUCCUAGAUUUGAAACAGUCACAACAGCUUCUGCCGAAAGCGCAGAACCUCAUGUGCAGAUUUGUGUUUCUUGUUGGUUUUCACGGUAAAAAUGCACUGAGACUGUAUUUGUAUCUCUGCAGCAUGUUUCAUGUUUCAUACCUAUAUAAAGAUGUUUUAAAGUUUUAAUGUGAUUCUAAAGUCCUGAUUCAUUGUAUGAUGUGUUGUGAUAGUUACCAUUUUAAAUAAAAGAAAUUAUCUUGA